GUUCACAGCUUCUUCGGGUUUGUUUAUUUUGUGGCGGUUGGUCGCGGUUCAUGUUCGUCUUUAAGGAUGGGACCCCCUUACGAAAGAUAACAGAUGCACAUCCUGGGUCACCUCUGCAGCAGACUGGCAGUAGCUCCAUCAUGGUGGAUGUGAGCAAAUGGCCCAUGUUCAGCCUGAUGAGUGCACAGGAGCUGUCCUCUAUCCGGAAAGCCUGUGUUUUUGGAGCGUCUGCAAACGAGGCCAUCUACAUCACCAAUGAUGAUGAGGUGUAUGUGUUUGGCCUGAACUGUAGUAACUCUCUGGGAACAGGGGACAGUUUGAGCACUAUUGUACCUAAGAAACUGGACUUCCUGAGUGGCAGGAAGGUGGUCAGCUUCAGCUAUGGCACUGGACCUCAUGUGCUGCUGGCCACUGAAGAUGGAGAGUUGUUUGCCUGGGGCCACAAUAGCUAUAGCCAACUUGGCAAUGGGACCACCAAUCAGGGGGUUUCUCCAGUACUUGUGUCUGGAAACUUGCUCAAUAAGAAGGUCAUUGAAGUAGCCUGUGGUUCUCACCAUUCAAUGGCUCUGACUGACUCUGGAGAGGUCUAUGCGUGGGGCUAUAAUAACUGUGGACAAGUGGGUUCAGGAUCCACUGCCAACCAGCCCACUCCUCGCAGAGUGUCCAGCUGUUUGCAGAACAAGGUGGCUGUUAGUAUUGUGUGUGGUCAGACCUCAUCACUGGCGGUAGUGGACAACGGAGAGGUAUAUGGUUGGGGCUAUAAUGGAAAUGGACAACUUGGUCUGGGAAACAAUGGAAACCAGCUAACGCCAUGCCAUUUGAUUGGACUGCAGGGGUUAUUUGUGCAACAGAUUGUCUCAGGUUAUGCCCAUUCCCUGGCUCUCACGGAUGAAGGUCUGCUGUAUGUUUGGGGCUCCAACACAUAUGGACAACUGGGCACUGGCAACAAGAGCAACCAGCUGAGUCCAGUUCAGAUUAUGACAGAGAAAGAGAGAAUAGUAGAGAUAGCCGCUUGCCACUCCACUCACACAUCAGCGGUCAAGACUCAAAGUGGUCAGGUUUACAUGUGGGGCCAGUGUCGGGGCCAGUCCAUUGUGCUGCCUUACCUCACACACUUCACAUGCACUGAUGAUGUCUUUGCAUGCCUCGCCACGCCCCCUGUCAUGUGGAGGCUUCUUUCCAUAGAGCAUGAAGAUUUCUUGACUGUUGCCCAGUCUCUCAAAAAGGAGUUUGAUAAUCCAGAGACAGCUGACCUGAAGUUUUGUGUGGACGGCAAAUAUAUUUAUGUGCACAAAGCAGUUCUCAAAAUCAGGUGUGAACAUUUCAGGUCCAUGUUUCAAUCCCACUGGAAUGAAGAUUUAGAGGAGGUCAUUGAAAUAGAUCAGUUCUCAUAUCCUGUUUAUCGAUCCUUCCUUGAGUUCCUCUACACAGACAAUGUGGAGCUUUCUCCUGAAGAGGCCAUUGGGCUGUUGGAUCUUGCUACUUCAUAUUGUGAAAAUCGCCUUAAACGUCUAUGUCAGCACAUUAUCAAGAGGGGAAUAACAGUAGAAAAUGCUUUUUCACUUCUUUCUGCAGCAGUGCGCUAUGACGCUGAGGAUCUCGAAGAGUUCUGCUUCAAGUUUUGUGUCAAUCACCUGACAGAAGUAACCCAGACCGUAGCUUUUUGGCAAACUGAUGGGAACCUCCUAAAAGACUUCAUAUGUCGUGCCAGUCGCUGUGGAGCUUUUAAGAAUUGAUAAUUACCCAACAUGCACUGGGGGAUUUGAUCUUCUAUAGGCUCCAUCAGCAUGGACUGUGCAUGCAUUAGGAAGUGCUGUAGAGAUUGUGCCUUCUAGUUUUUAAUGAGAAUCUGCACUGAUCUUGUGCAUGUGUGAUUAACUGUACAAACUGUGUGUAGUAAAAUGUAAUGUUUAACUUGAAAACAUGACAGUGUGUCUAUAUAGUUUUGUAUAGUAAGUUU